CCUCGUGCCUGGCAACGGGCUUGUCUGACUACGAUUUCAGCUGAAGUGCAUCGUGACAGGAUGAAACACCAAAUAAUCAUCAUCAAAAUACCCCAAAUAAAAAAAUGGAAGAAAUAGAAGAAACAGAGCCGUGCUCUACUUGCCGCAAUCUAGAACCUCUACCAGGUCUCGCAGGAGGUUUCAUCACCGGUGGCAUAGGCAAUGACUUGAAGAACUCGGCACCUUCCUGUCAACUAUGCUCCAUCCUCUGGGAGGGCCUGGAGGCGUUCUGCUAUGACAACCCGGGUGCGUCUCAAUGGAUGGCGCUGCGCCAGUUGGAAGACCCAUUUCGACUACAAUUUAAACAGACGCCCGAGGAGAAGAAUUGGUCGGGCAUUCAGUUUUACACGAACAGUUCCCAAGACCCAUUAUCAGACAUCUUCAAGCCCAGCAGUGAUCUCGAGCCAGACUCUUCGAGCCCCAAGUACCUCUCUCAAAUGAAAGGCUGGGUCGAGACCUGCAACGAGAAGCACCCCGUCUGCAAAGCCCGCCUGAAUGACCAUCUCCCCACCAGGGUGCUAGAUGUUUCCCGCGACGCAGAUCUCAUCUACCUCUACGAGCCCACCGAGAAAGAUCGCGGCUCGUACGUAGCGCUGAGCCACUGCUGGGGCGGCGUCGUCCCCCUCAUGACCAUGCAAAGCUCGCUAGAGGGGUUCAAGACCGGCGGGAUAUCGCUCGAGACGUUUCCCAAGACCUUCCAGGACGCCAUUCUCGUCACGCGACACCUCGAGUGCCGGUACAUCUGGAUCGACUCGCUGUGCAUCAUCCAGGACAACACCGACGACUGGAUCCACGAGGCCUCGCGCAUGGCGGAGGUGUACGGGAACUCGUACGUCACGCUUGCCGCCACCGCGUCGCGGAACAGCUACGGCGGCCUGUUCCACGAGCACGACAAGCUGGAUGUCGGGCACCUGAUUUCGCGGACCGCCAAAGACGGGAAAGCCGCGAAAGUCUCGGUGCGCCCGGCUCUAGAGCACACGCCGUACUUCGCCAGCAGCCCGCACGGCCUAGACGCGUCGGCACCGGCGCCUCUGCUCGAACGGUCCUGGUGUUUCCAAGAGUACCUCCUGGCCCCGCGCGUCCUCUCCUUCACGCGCUGGGAGAUCCUCUGGGUCUGCCUCUCGAAGCGCUCCUGCAACUGCGGCGAGUACACCGAGCAGACGCGCGAACUCGUCGCCGCCAGCGACCUCAAAGCCCGCUUUGACGCGCAGCUGCGGGGCCCCUUCCCCUCUUCCCCCUCUUCCUCUUCCCCUUCUUCCUCUCCCACUUCUCUUUCUUCUCCCUCUUCUCCCUCUUCGACGACGACAACGACAGCAACAACAACAACAAAAGACCUCCGCCGCCUCUGGCAAGACAUAAUCGAAGCCUACCUGCAAAAGGGCCUAACCUACGACGCGGACCGGCUCCCCGCCCUCGCCGGCAUCGCGCGCCGCUUCGCCGAGCACGGGCUCGGGCGCUACGUAUCCGGGCUCUGGGAGCCGACCCUCGUGUCCGACCUAUUCUGGAGCCUCGACGCGUCGUUCGGCGACUACCACGGCGUGGUGGCGAAGCGCAGCGGGGAUGGGGGGAUGCCGUCGUGGUCGUGGGCGUCGGUGGUGGGGGCGUUUCGUUAUAGUGCGAGCUCGUAUGCGUUGGAGGGGAUCGAGGUGAGGGGCGUGGAGUUUGAAGGGGGUGUUAGGGAUGCGUUGGCGGAGGUUGUGGCGAGGAGGAUAAUGGUAAGAGGGGUUUUGACAAGGGCGAGGGCUUGGGGUGGGGGUGGGGAUGAGGAUGAGGGGCGGAGGAUAAGGAAUCAUUCACGGCGUAUUCAGGUCCCGGGGGCUAAGGAGCAUGGCUGGUUUGUGGAUGUUGCGUCGGAGCUGGCUUGUGGUGUGGAUAAGCCUGCGGAUGUCCAUAUUCUACGUGGUACAAAGGGGCCGGGACUUGUGCUUCGUCAUGUUGAGGACACGGCGUGCACAUAUCGGAGGCUGGGUUUGAUAGAUGGCUAUCCGCCUAUCCCGGACGAUUUCGACUUUACGACAGUGGAGCUGGUGUAGUGUUGAGGAAAUGGGGAUAAGCGAGGAGCUAUAUAAGUAGCUAUGAAAGUGUGAUUAUUAUAUUCUCUUUAUAGUUAUUGGGAUCUGGGAACGGUAGGGAGCUAUGGGAUUUUGCCUAACGAGCAUACAUAAGGUGCUGCUAUAACAUAGGUACCUAGUAGGAAUCGUUACUGAUGGAGGAUUGCCUGCGGUCUUAUUGAGCGCAAUGAUAUGAUAUCACCUAUCCGUAUCUUUACACAAACGAUUAAACGAC